UAAAGAGGACGGGAAUUGUCACAUGUGUGACCAAGGCUAUUAUGGAAGCAGCUGCAGUGAGACAUGUGGUCACUGUGUAAAUGGCAGCACAACAUGCCACAACGUGACUGGGCGUUGCCCUGAUGGGUGCAGUUCUGGAUGGAGAGACGAUACGUGUAAAAGAGCAUGCGAAUAUGGUUAUUAUGGUGAUAAAUGCAAUAGCAGCUGUGGUCACUGUUUAAAUGGCAACACAGCAUGUAACAAAGUGACAGGACAUUGUCAUGAUGGGUGCGGUGCUGGAUGGAAAGAAGAUACCUGCAAGAUUGAAUGCAGCAACGGAACACAUGGAAAAAACUGCGAGCAAACAUGUAAUAAUUGCAAGGAGUCGAACUGUGAUCGUUUUAAUGGUGCAUGUUUUGAUGGGUGCAUUGCCGGGUUUGCCAACCCCGACACUGGAUGUGUAGAGAAAUUUGUUGCAGAUGAUAACACAGUAGGAGUCGCUGCCGGUGGAGCAGCAGCUGCUAUAGCUGUGAUUGUUGUGGUGAUCAUCGCAGUGGUCUUUUGGAAGAGACGACAUAAGAAAGAAAGCAGUGUUAAAGAAGACUUCACAGAUUUGAAAUGCACAUCACCUCCACCGCAUAAAGACGUGUUCGAUGGGGGAAAGGUCUUGGCUCAUUGGUGGUCAUGGCAUUCGAUAGAUAUUGUGCUGCUUGAUGUGAGCAUUGGCGAUUCGUGUACAGUGAGCACGGGCAUUGUCGUCCUGAAACACAAAACGUCGACCCACACGCCUAGCAAACGGGGUAUCAAAGGCUCUCCUCAAGAUGACCGUGUGAGGUUUGGCGUUGCCAUGCUGAAAGAUCAGGCCUUGAUCAUAACCUGCAAUGAAGGCCACAAGUUCCUGGGCCAGCACCUGGUCGCAUUACGCAGCAGCGUUGAGGUUGCCACGGAUGACAAGAAGUCGAGAACGUCCAUUCCCACAGAAAGCACCCCUAAAAAAUACACGUCCACCUCCAAUGGCGUUUUGCCCACAGUUGAAGUUGACGUCGAUGAAAUUGGGUCAACAUGGGUCCAACAUAUGGGCGCCGUGCGUGGAGGUGAGCAGUUCGGAGACGAUUUCGGAUCGUUUGCGCGGAUACCCGACAUCUGA